UCCCCCUGCUGCCAAGCAAAAGGCCAGCAAGCCCCCCCAGCCACCAAACAGGGUUCCCAGCAAGAAGCCGCCAGCAGCCCCUGUAGCUGCUCUUCCUUCGGUUCCUAGUGGAGCUUCCAGAACACUUGGAAAUGGACCUGCUCGGAAGGCCAACAUGCAGCAGCCAAAGCAGCCGGCAUCCAAGACUAGUAGUAACGUUGACAACUUGUCUGCUAGAGCGACAAUGAAAAAGACAACAGGGGACAAGGCAAGUGGACUGAAGACUUCGGAAAAGACAGCUGCGGAGAAGGAAGUGCAGCGGAAACCCCCAAAGGUGACCACACAGCCCACAGCAUCAAAAGCACUUCCAACAAAGCCCAGCAGAGCUGAACAGACUAAAACUUCCAGGACUUGGUUGCCAGGAACAAAGAAUUCAACUGCAUCCUCUUUAAACAGAACUGCCACUAAUGAUAAGAAUGUGGGCAAACAUAAGCCAACACCACCACCUGCUGGUCAGGCCACAUCAGCGCAGCAGCAGAAAAACCCACUGGCAACACAGAGAGAUGCCUCUAGAGCUGCCACAGUUGUAAAGGCCAAGGUUUCAAGCUCCAAAUCCUCUGGGAAGAUGACACCUACCGUAAAGCAUCCCAAACACUCGGCCUCCAAAUCACAAUCUGAGCAAAAUCUCGGAGAGAGAAACGUGGCUGCACCUACGAAAAGCAGGCUUGCAACAAAGAAGAUUUCAGACCCCGGUAAGCCCCAAAUUCCAGCCAAGGCAACUGGUGGGAGUCUCCAUCCAACCACUCUUCCAAGAGCUGUUGCUUCUUCUCCCAAACCUCUGUCUCCUUCAGGCAAGAAGCUUCUGAAGAAAGAUACUCCUUCCAGUCGUGAGCAAGUAUCCCCACAAAAGAAGCCUCAAGAGACCAUUGCCAAGGAAGGGAAUGGCAAGAAAACCACCAAGGAAGCAGAAAGUGCUUCGAACAAGGAUACAAAGUUUCUAGAAAACUUGGAAUCCGCAGCAGCAGAAGAAACUGUUGACCAGCCACUCUCCCAGGAGACUGCAAACUCUUGCAUAACAGCAGUGGGGACGGAGCAGAUGGAAGCAGGAGACUCAGAAGAAGGCAGAGCUGAACAGACAAACAUAAAUGCUUCAGAAGGGCUGCCUCCAACACCCCUUGAAGCACCUCUGGUUUGCCCUGGACCACAAGUUAUCGGUAUAUCCUCUGUUAGUGAGAUGCCUGACUUGUCCACUGCUGAUGUCCUGGAGGUAUGUUGUGGUAGUAGUGAUGAAACACAUAAUUUAGAGCCAGAACUGCCUUGUGAAAUAUUUCCUCCCAUUCAGUUGGAGCUCUCUCACCAAACUUUUCCAGCAGAAACCUUAUGGCAUGAAGAAGGAGGCAUGGACUCUGAGCAUCUCAGAAAACAAGCAUCUCAUUUCGAUGCUCCAGUGGCUAUUGAGCAGCCCCAUUUCUUGCACAGCCCUGACACAUCUUCUCUUGAUGUACAUGAUAUUUCAACAACAUCCUUUCCAGCUGAGGAUUCCCAGAUUUUAAUACACGAGUCCGUUCCUAUGCUUGAGCGAUCUCCUUCUUCUGAAUCCUUGACCUUAGAGUCUGAGUUGCUUGAAGAGACUCAAACUAUAAAGCUAGUAGUUCUGGCAGAGCCACAGGAGGAGUCCAGUCUCUCAGCAGAGCACUCUCUCUCAGUUAGCCAGUUUGACCCUACCUUAAAAACUGUAACAGAAUCUCUAGCAGCCGGCCACAAUGACAGCACUGAAUUGGUGGAAAUGAUGAACAGGGUAUUGAAUUUGGGUGAGAACUCAGAGGAAGAACUGCAGAAGGAAGUGGCAUCUCUAGAGGUAGGAAAUGCAAGGCUGAAGAGCCCCCUAGAUCUUGCAACUAAAGAUAGUGAGUUUGCACAGAAAAUAGCCCCUUCUCAGCAGAUGGAUGAUGUGCAUUGUGUCCCCACUCAUGCUGAAAAUGAAGAGCUAAUGGAAGUUCUCCAAGUAGCAGAUCAUUUAAUAAUGGGAGCAGCUAAUCAGUACCAAACCCGUCUCCCUGUGUUUGUGGCAGCAACCUCAAUUCCUACACAGUUGCCUGGAGAGCCCUUUGCAGGCUAUGAUGAUCAGUCUAGCAGCUUAGAUGAAUAUCCCACCAUUGGAGAGCUUGAGGAUGAUGCAGUCAUUCCAGAAGAGUGCAUGAGUAACAUGAAGCAAGAAGAGGCCACCCAAUAUGAAACUCCAGACUUCUUGUUUCAUCCUUCAGGGGAGCUCUCACCAAAUAGUGGUACUGCUCAGCUGUCAAUGCACAAACCUCAGAGCUUGCCUUUGAAGAGCUUGGAGUUGUUACAAGAAUACCCAACUGAGUUGACUGAAAUGCCAGAGUUGCUCUUAAGUAGCACAGGGCUGAAAGCUCUCUCCCCGGAGAAGGGGGGCUCAUCUUCCAAAUCCAGCACCUUAAGUGGGCCUGAUCUGGCAGGUAAGAGCAGCAGUGAAACUAGCACACCUGAAGAGCUGCGGGAGUAUGACAGUAGCUCUGGAGUGGAGUCCAAGUCAGAUGAGAAACUGGAACAAACUUGUCAUCAGCUCCUGAGUCCCUUGGAGGACCUUCCUGGUGAGCUUGAUCUGGGCAUCCACAUGGAAAAGGGAGAUGAUGAGGCAGAGACCCUGCCGGCAGAUGAAGUCCUUGGAGACCCACCUACUGAACCCACUGUGUCCUCCGAGGAGGAAGCGGAACUGGACGCAGAUCUUCUGAAGGAAGCAGGCUUUCCCAAAACAGUAUGCCUCUUGACGUCACCUCUCCCAACCAAGUCCCAUUUGCCCCAUUCGGUAGAUGAGUCAGAUGAACCAGGUUCUGGUGAUGCUGGCACAGAAACCCCAGCCUCGACCAACUCUGCAGCUUCCUGUGAUGUUUUCGGUGCCUUCCAUCUCCAUUCAACUGACAGCUGUGGCAAAAGUCCUGGGCUCUCUUCCCUGGACAGCGAAGAGCAUUCCACUGAGGGUGCCAAGGAGACCUGCGGCAAGAUCCCCAUGGAUUGGGAGCAACACUUGCACCUCACCCCAACGCCCUUGAAGACUGGAGGGCACGAAGAAGAGUCGUCACAGCCUUUCCCUGCCGCUCAUAGUCUGGCUGCAGGUGACAAUGGGGCUGGCUUGCCCUUCCCCUGGGAUCCAUGUCCACCAGAGAUCCUCUCCACUAUCUAUGAAGUAGAAAGUGGUGCUGAAACACCUGGCCCAGAUGAAGAGGAUGGGAGCCGUUGCUUGCGUGCCACCUCCCGAGAACAGGCUCUUCAGCUAGGAAACAUCCAGGCUACAGUCGUACAGCAGCUAAUCAGCCGAGCCCUGCUCUUCCCAACAGAAGCACCUCCUGGGGCUGUCAGUGGGAAGGGGGCCAUGAACAGCGAAGCAGAGAUUGGCAAAUGGACAGAACUGAUCUCCCCUUUGGAAGAAUCUCGAGCCAGCAUCACUUCUGUGACAAGCUUCUCCCCAGAGGACAUGUCAUCCCCCCAUGGGGAUUGGACUGUGGUAGAGGUAGAAACCUUCCACUGAUUAUUUCCCCCCUCCCCCUCGCAAGUUAUAUAUCUAUAAGGCAUUUUUUUUGUAGGCGAACCACUACUUUUCAUCCAAGUGUACCUAUUAAAUGUCCAGGAAGGGUAAAGUGACUGCAGAUACUGCUCUCCCCUUCGUCUUCAGCAGCUAAUGGUAGGAGUAGUUAAACACUUGUGAAUCAUAAUUAUUUUUGCCCCUGGCAGUUUUAGGCCUUAGAUUGUUUUUGGUUCAGCAGAAUGACCAACUUUUCGUGUUUGGGACUUCCAGGGCAUACGUUUAUUUCCAGAGGGUAAGGCCCACCUUUUUUAGUCAUAACAUGUGAUUGUGCCAAUUAUUGAUAUCACCAUCUGUCAAACAUGAUAAAAAUAAAGCUCCCUCCCCCACAUACUUUGAUAAGUGCCAGGCUGCUAAUAUUUGAUUUUUUUUGUCAUAGUAAACUUUCAAAAUCAAAUUUCCUGGCAAAGGUGUUUUACCUUGAGAGGUUUUUUUAAAGAAAGGAGCGUCACACAAUACACUUAGGAUGAGACCCAACAGAUGAAUUUGUAUAUUAUCAAACAGCCUGGAUUUGCACAAUCUGUUUGGUACAAGGACAUGGAUUAAUUCAAAAAGUAGCUUAAAUGGGUUGUGUGAAUGUAGCCAGCAUGGAAGAGAAAUUUACAAAUGAGGACAUCUUAAGUGUUUUUGAAUGAUUGUUGUAUCUACUAUUUAGAAUGUGAUCACUCUUGUCUACUUCUAUGAAGUGGACAACUCCUCAACAUAUGCAAUCUAUACAGGGGCUGGAAGAUUCCUUGGAUUCAAAGGGAGAUGCACUUUAGCAUCCUAAACAAGACUAGGUAAGAAAAGGCUGCUAAAGAAUCGGUUUUGGAAUUUUUUUUCAGAUACAAUUUUCAGACCACUUGAACUUCUUCAAGUGGUCUGAACCCACGCAGCGGGUCACAUGCUCGACCUCGU